UAGCUGCCUGUCUAUCUGCUGAUGUAGUUAGUUCCUUUUUGUCUCUUGGUGGUAGUUGAAGUUUUACCUCCUGAAUUCAACUAUGCAGGCCAUUAAGUGUGUGGUGGUUGGUGACGGAGCAGUAGGAAAGACAUGUCUUUUGAUUAGUUAUACAACGAAUGCUUUCCCUGGGGAAUAUAUCCCGACUGUCUUUGAUAACUAUUCAGCUAAUGUAAUGGUGGACAGUAAACCAGUGAACUUGGGAUUAUGGGAUACAGCUGGACAAGAGGACUAUGACAGACUAAGGCCCCUCUCGUACCCACAAACAGAUGUUUUCUUGAUCUGUUUUUCAUUGGUGAGCCCUGCUUCAUAUGAAAAUGUUCGAGCCAAGUGGUUCCCAGAAGUGAGGCACCAUUGCCCGAGCACUCCUAUUAUUCUUGUGGGAACCAAACUUGAUCUUCGUGAUGACAAGGAGACCAUUGAAAAGCUUAAAGAGAAGAAGUUGUCCCCAAUCUCUUACCCUCAAGGGCUUGCCUUGGCCAAAGAGAUUGAGUCUGUGAAAUACUUAGAAUGUUCAGCUCUCACGCAGAGAGGCCUAAAGACGGUCUUUGAUGAGGCUAUUCGAGCUGUGCUGUGUCCGCCACCUUCCCGGCCCAAAAAACAUGGGUGUGCUCUGCUGUGAGGAUAUCAGAAGAGGAUUCUUCAACCGUUAACAGCAGAAGAGUACGAGCAUGUGUUUCUCUUUGUCAUAAAACUGCCAUCUUUACCCAAUUAUUUUGUCCGAUGUACCUUUUUUUUCAGCUGCUUCCCCCCCACGUUGCUUCUCAUGAAAUAUUGUUUGUUUGCUUUACAUUCAUUAUAAUUAUUUUUUUUUUUUAUUCUAUUGUUGUCUGUAGUCCUGGAAUUUGUUUCAACCUAUAAAUAAAUAUUCAGUAAUCCUGUA